AUGGAGCAAGACGAUGAGCAGAAAGCUAUUGUCAAGGAACUGGUCAAAACAGGACAACUUGAAUUUGUAAAUGGUGGAUGGGCAAUGAAUGAUGAAGCAACAUGCACCUACUACAGCAUUAUUGAUCAAAUGACAUGGGGGCAUAGAAGAUUGAACGAUACUUUUGGUCAGUGUGGAGUUCCAAAAGUGGCUUGGCACAUUGAUCCAUUUGGUCACUCUCGAGAACAGGCAAACUUAUUUGCUGCAAUGAACUUUGAUGCUUUCUUCUUUGCUCGACAAGACUUUCAAGAUCGUGAACAGCGAAUUCGGACAAAAACACUUGAGCACAUGUGGCAAGGAAGUGAUGAUCGCGGCAGCGAUGGCGAUUUGUUCACUUCAAUGAUGCACUUGGGAUAUGGUUCGCCUCCAGGAUUUCACUGGGAUCUCCCUGCAGGAGACCUUGCAGAUCCCAUCAUUGAUAAUGUUAACUCUGAAGAGUACAAUGCCGCUCAAUACGUUGAAAAGUUGGUCACAUUUGCAAAAAGUUAUGCUGGCGCAUAUACAACUAACAAUCUUCUGAUUCCAAUGGGAAGUGAUUUUCAGUACCAAGAUGCUCAUGUUUGGUUCAAAAAUAUGGAUAAACUUAUAAAAAAUGUCAAUGAGCGAUCGAAAGAUGUAAAAAUCUUUUAUUCAACGCCAUCUUGCUACGCUAAAGCGGUUCAUGCUGCAAACCGAACUUGGAGCAGCAAAAGAGACGACUUUUUUCCUUAUGCUUCAGAUGAGCACGCUUACUGGACAGGUUUCUAUACUUCUAGGCCAGCGUUGAAAAGAUUUGAACGAGUUGGCAACAACAUUCUUCAGAUUUGUAAACAAAUUGAUGUUCUGGCUGAAAAUAAUGAAAAAUACGAAGAAAAAAUUACUCAAUUGAGAGAAAUUAUGGGAGAAUUUCAGCACCACGAUGCAGUGACAGGGACUGAAAAGCAACAUGUGGCAGAUAACUAUGCAAAAAACCUUGAUUCAGGUAUUAAAAGCUGCAUUGAUGUGAUUGAAAAGAGCUACCAAAUGAAACUGUUGACCAAGAAUCCAAAUCCAAAUUUAAAAUUGCACUUUUGUUCUGCUUUAAAUACAAGCUCUUGCCCAAUCACUGAAUCGGGCACAAAUUUUACAGUUACCAUUUACAAUCCUCUUGGUCAUGAAAUAACAGGACAAAUAUUUCGUUUUCCUGUUGAUAGUAGUAAGUUUUACAACGUUGUAAGCUCUGACGGAAAGCCAGUUGCUGCAACUUUGGUUAAAACUCCAGAAACAGUUCAAAAAAUGCCCGGUAGAACUUCAAAAGCUACAGAAGAGCUCGUAUUUAGAGCUAUAGUUCCAGCUCUAGGGUUUUCCACUUACUUUAUUUCUGCAACAUCUGUGAAAUCGUCUCACUCAAUAAUAGAAACAAAAUCCACCAAAAUCAUCUCUGAAACGCUAAUAAAGUCAAAGAGUUUUGACGUUGUAUUUGAUUCAAGCGGCUUGUUGAACCAUCUGAAAUUGAAAGAUGGACAUAAAGUGGCCUUAUCAUCACAAUUUGCUUACUACAAAUCUUAUCAAGAGUCAGGGGGUAGAGCAUCUGGAGCAUAUGCUUUUCGUCCAAAUGUUGACCAAAAAGCUCUUCCACUAGGAAAAAUUCUUGAUGCACAGCUGUUUUCGAGCCAGGAUUCAUCGUUUGGCGUGUUUGAGGUUCACCAACGUUUUGAUUCUUACAUUUCCCAAGUUGUACGUAUUGACACCCAAACCGAUCAAAUUGAAUUUGACUGGGCUGUCGGACCGAUUCCUAUUGAAGACGAGCAGGGAAAAGAGAUUGUUGUUAGGUACAUCACUGAUCUGUCGUCAAAUAGAACUUUUUUCACUGAUGCAAACGGUCGUCAAGUUCUCAAACGAGUCUGGAACCAUCGACCAACUUGGAAUGUGUCUCUUAAAGAGCCAAUUGCCGGAAACUAUUAUCCAGUUAAUUCGAGAAUAUUUCUGCAAGACAACGUAAAGGGAUUGCAGUUGACAGUGCUAAACGACCGCUCUCAAGGUGGCACCAGCCCUGUAGAUGGAAUGCUUGAAGUGAUGAUUCAUCGACGUCUGUACUAUGAUGACCUUUUUGGAGUAAGUGAAGAGCUUAAUGAACCGGGUGUGGAUGGUAAAGGUCUGGUAGUUCGGGGGAAACAUGUCCUGGUUGUCGAGUCAAUACUAAAGUCGGCUGCAAGACAUCGAGAACUAGCACAGCAAAUUGCUAACGAACCAUUAAUCACUUUCUCCACUGGUUUGACAGAAUCUGAAUAUAGAUCCCAUCUUCGGCUAACAUUCUCUGGACUUGCUUCUCAACUUCCCAAAAAUGUGCACUUGCUUACAUUGGAGCAGUGGAACCAUGAUCGCUUACUUCUCAGACUCGAACAUUUUUACCAGAAAGAUGAAGAUUCAGAGCUGAGCAAACCUGUUACUGUAAACUUAAAAAAGCUUUUUUACAACUUUGAAAUCGUUUCAGCUCAAGAGUUGACAUUGUCAGCAAACGCACCUGUCGAGAAUAAAGCAAAUCGAUUAAAAUUUAAGUAUAUUCCAGAAGGAAAGAUAGAAGAGCCAAUGAAGAUAACUUUUGAUGCUCAAAAAUUAGAUGUUACUUUAUCGCCGAUGGAAAUACGUUGUGGUGUCAUCCUACUCAUUAUUGCCAUUGUAGUUGGCAUCAUUGCCCUAGUCAUAUUUGCCUUCGUUUCGGCAGGAAAAGCAAUACAAAAAGAGGGUAUUAAAUUUGAAGCAAAAGGCACUGACAAGGAUGGCAAACCAGUUUCCGUUAAAAUAAACUUUGACUCAUCUUUGAUGUUUGCAACAACAAGCACAACCACUGAAACCCCAAUUACAGAUCUGAUUACUGGUCGAUUUGAAAACGAUAGAUUCAACCGCGACAGCGGUCGCUUCACAUCUUCUCGUAACAACUUAAACUCUUUGCCGUACAAGAUUGCUCAAUCAGAAGACAAGAUCAUCAUUAAAAGGAAUGGCGAAAACAGUUUCACUAUGACAAUUUUUCCGCCAUUCGGUUAUCAAUCUCAUUCGAUUGAAAAGGAAAUUAGUUUCACUAGUGGCAAAGUGUUCAAACUGUCUCGAAUUAACGACCCACACAAUACGGUCAAUGUAACCAUUGAUGUGGGAGAAAGCAGUUGGUCAGAGAAACAUGUUGGCUAUCAGACGGUCAAUAUUAAACGAGAAUUUACCAAAGAAAGCAUGAAAACAACUUACACUCAGAACGAUUUGUCGUACGAAAAAAUCUUCCAACGAAAAAAAGGCUAG